AUGCCGGUCGAUCUACCGGGUUACUAUUUCGAUGAGGGGAAGCAAAAGUACUUCAAGAUUGAAAAAACGCAUACGGCGCCGCCUUCGGUCGCGUGGUCAUCGGACGCCGUCAGGAAACGGAAGCUCGAGGACUCGGCGAGGAGGGCGGCACGGGAACGGUCCCGCCUCCUCCGGAACCAUGUGAAGAGGCAUCCGUUUCGCCGCAGCAUCGUCGACUCCGGCCUCUUCGCGCGCGAGAUGGAGGUGCGGAGCGUCGCCGAGCAUGGCUACGGCAGGGAGAUGGACGGCGAUCUGGGCGCAGCCGCGUGGGCCGGCGGCGCCGUCGACAAGGGUCAUGUGCCGUUCGCGCCGAGCUUUGCACGGACAAGGGUCGCCAACAUGCCAUGUUUCUACGUCGGUGGCGAGGACGAAAAGACAGGCCUCGGGGUGGCAUAUGCCUCGUUGGAUGAGGAAACGCUCGUCGGCAGCUACAUCUCCACCGACGACAAUGACAGAAUCACAUUUGACAAGGCUCGCCCUGGCACGCUCGAACGAGGGCUGUCCUUUCGCACCGAGAUGAUUCGAUGCUCGCAAAUGUCGUCCAUCAAAUACCACAAACCAUCGCACAAGAUUCUUCUCACGUCACGAGAGCCCGAUCGCAGCUGCGGCCUCUAUUUUUUCUCACCUCCUCUGUCAUCUGCCGAUGACGGCCGGCCACACUGGCUACUCGGCGAAACAAAUCACUACCAGCGUCUUUCCAUCCGCCAUCGUCUUCGAGACGAAUGGCUCGUCCACCAGAGCACGCCUGCACCCUCCUCGUCCGACCUCCUCUGCGUCAUCGGAACCAACGCGGGCCUCUUGCGGGUUCGAAACAACGAAACCAUGGCCUGGAUCGCGCCGCAAAACGCGCCCAAGGAUAUGCACCUGCCGCAGGAAAUAUUCGACCAGGACUUUCAGCAGUCGAAUCACAACAUCCUUCUCGCCGGCGGCCGCCAGCCACGGCUGUGGAUGACGGACCUCAGGACGCCCGAGACGGAAUGGAUGUACAUCCAUCACGCGAGUUCCAUUGCACGCCUCCGAAGCGUCAACGAACACCAAAUUCUUGUCGCGGGCCUGCAGAGUAGCAUGGCAUUGUAUGACAUGCGCUUCUUCGGCAGGAAGCCGAAUGGCGUCAAGCCGCUCCUUCGUUUCCCGGCCUACCGCAAUGCGGCUCAUUUCCACAUGGGCUGGGAUGAUGCUGCCGAGCCCGAGGCUGGAGCGCAUCAGGACCGAAACGCCGGUUCGUGCGAUCAUGUUCCAGCGGAUGCCGUGGGAGAAAAUGCCGAGCCUGUUUGUGGGGGAGGGAGCAUCGUUGAAGAAAUUUUCCUUUGGCGCGGCGGACAUUGA